AUAGGGAUACAUAAAAAAACAUCUACUACUUACUGACUGCCUAUAUUUGUGAAAAUAUUUGAAGUCCACGAAUAGAUUUGCAUAAACUUUUGACGAGAAAGCACUGUAGUAAUGUUCAGACCAACUUUCCGCUUAUUUAUUCAAGGCUCAAGAACUUUAGGAGCAUUAAACAGAAGUGCAUUUAAAUGUUUUGAGCCAUCUUUCAAAAAUAAUAGUUUGCCAUUGAGGACAAUUUCAUCUCAUCACAACAAUCACCAUAUUUUACCAGAAGCUGCUCUUCAAUCCGCCGCUAGUAAGGAUGAUAUCAGAGAGUUUAUGAGCGUCUGGCCAGAUAUAGUAAGAGAUUUAACGGAUUAUGCCAAAAAAUUCGAAAAUCAUGAUGCUCCAAAGUGGUUCAGCAAGCUCCUUCAAUAUAAUGUAACAACAGGAAAGAAGAAUCGAGGCUUGGUUGUUGUGAUGGCAUACAAGAUUCUAAAGCAGAAUGGGGAACUGAAUGAUGAGGAAUUAAAGCUUGUUCAAUGUCUCGGUUGGUGUGUUGAGAUGUUGCAAGCAGUUUUUAUUAUUGAUGACGAUAUAAUUGACGGGUCGAUUACUAGACGAGGAGGCAAGUGUUGGUAUAAGAUGGAGGAUGUUGGACUGUCAGCAAUUAAUGACGCAAUGAUGAUUGAGAAUGGAAUUUAUUAUUUGCUAAAGAAAUACUUCAAAAACAAGGAAUAUUAUCAGGAUAUUGUUGAUUUGUUCCAUGAAGUUUCCUUCAUUACUACUCUCGGUCAGUUGCAAGAUAUCAAGGCCAGCCAGAAAAUGGACUUAAAUUUGUUCACGAUGGAACGAUAUAAAUCAAUUGUUGCAAACAAAACUGCAUAUUAUUCUUUUUAUUUGCCCGUUGCAUUAGCGAUGUAUAUGAGUGGAUUUGGAAAGGAUCCUGAAGUUUUUCGACAGGCAAAAACCAUUUUAUUAGAAAUAGGGAAUUUUUUCCAAGUACAAGACGACUUUAUUGACUGUUUUGGUGAUUCUUCUGUAACUGGCAAGUUAGGGACAGAUAUUAUCGACGGAAAGUGUACUUGGUUAGCAGUUGUUGCACUACAGAGAUGUACGAGCGAACAGAAGGAAAUCAUGAAAGAGUGUUACGGUCAAAAAGACCCAGAAAAAGUUGAACGAGUCAAAGAAUUGUAUGAGGACUUAUUAUUGCCUCAUACAUACGAAAUUUACGAAGAGGAGUCAUACAAAAUAAUUAAUACUCAUAUCCAGCAAAUUUCUCGGGGAUUACCACACAAGUUGUUCUUUAAGAUUUUAGAGAAAAUUUAUAGACGAAAUUCAUAAGAAAAUGCAUUGAAUUUUAUUCUUAUUUCAAAUAUGAAAUAUAAGUCAUACAUUUGUUUUACAUAGAAUUCAUCUGUUCUUAAAUAUAAUUCACUUGAUUUUUGAAUUCACUUUUGGUCACGGAAGCAUUAUUAUUUUAUUAUUAUUAUUUUAAAUUUUAUGUAACGGAGAAAAAGGCAAACAACUUCCAAUCUUUAUUUUCAUGGAAUCAACUAAAGAUGAUAUUUUUUAAAAAAUAUUGUCAAGCAUUUUCACGUGAAUUCAAGGAUUAUAUGAAUUUCAAAAAAAUCAGAGACUAGUUUUACGUUUCAUAAUUUUAUAAACAUACAGAAUGAACGAAAAUUGUUUAAUUAAAGUUGAAUACAAAAAUUUUAUAUAUACCAAUAUCAAUAAAAUGAUUAUAA